AUGCGUGGAAGUUUGAAUAUUUUGAAAAGAAAAUGCAAAUGAUGGGAACGUUUAUUUUUUCAGAAGAUCGAUUGAAGACGAAAGCGCUGGACAAGAAAUGUCAGCUGUUGGUACAGGAAAACGAGAAACUGAUGGAGAAGCUAUGCGAAUUGGAAAUGCAGCGCGGCGAGGAGGAUAUCCAGGCCAAGCUCAAGAAUCAGAUCGAAGAAGUGAAAAUCGGCAUUUUCCGUUGUUUCCUAUUGUCCUUUGUUUAGCUCAACCAGCGUAUCAAUGAUGAGAAGAGUAGGAGUAUUGCAUUGCAAGUGGCUAAGGAGAAAGUGGAAGAAGGUCUGAAGCCUCUAGAAAGUCAUUCGUAUAUCAAUAAUUUCAAGAGUUGGCCCGCGAAAAGCUCAGCUUCGAAAAUCAGGUCAUAGCUCUGCAACAGGCCCCUCAACGUAGGAAAUCGAACAGAGAAGAGGAUUUAUUUCUGAUUUUUUUUUAGAUGUUGUUGAGCCUGAAGCUCCUGACUAUCUGAUCAGAGAAAUUGAACAUCUUCGUGAGAAACUCAGCACGGCGAUUCGCGAGGCUGAAGAUCUGCGAGCCGAGAACUUCGACCUGCAAAUGAGCAAAGCUUCUACCGCUCCCAAAGAGUCUGAAAUGCCUUAAAACUAGUAGAUGAAGAAAUUUAUCUUUUUAGAACUCCCAAGGACGAGGAUUACAGUGAAGAAGUUGUUCGUGAGGUAUACUGUAGAGCGAAACACUUUCAAACUUUCAAACUUUUAGAUUAAAGCAAAGCUUGAAGCGGUGACGGAAGAACUCAGUGAGUCUUUGGAAGCCGUGGAGUCUUUGAAAAAAGAGAAACAGGCGAUAAGGUACUCAAAAACUGUUUGGAUAAAAGAGAAAAAGGAAUUUCCAGAGUUGAGUUGGAUAAUGCCCGAUUGAGCAUUUCUGAAACCAAAGAAGUUCGCGAGCAGGUGAUCCGACUCAAGGAAGAGGUUCGUUUUGAUUCACAAUUUUUUCAAAAUUCAUUUGAAGACUAUCGUCUUAAAAAAGGCGCCCAAAACUUCAUAAGACAUAUACAUGGGUUUUUUUUUCAGCUGGAUCAAGAAAGAGAAACUGGCAGACAGAACUGGGAAGAAGCUUGCAAAAGAAUGGCGAUUCCUGACGCGAACAGCCGCAAAAAUUCGAUCGAAGUCCAGUACCAACAGUACACGAUUGCCUUCGAAGAAAAGAUUGAGGCGCUCCAAAAGGCAUUGGAAGACGCCAAGGGCACCAUUGCUCAGGACAAGGAGGUUUUUCUCAUUUUAUGAAGCAAUAAAAGAUUUUUUUCCAGGAAAAGAAGAAGCUGAAAGCGGCUCUCCGGCAGUUGCGCGACAAGAAGGAAGUGAAAGAAGAGCCAAAAGUCGAGAAACUGGAGGUCCAGCUUCAGCAAGCUGCUCCAGCUCCAGAUCAAAGUCAGGCUGAUGCUGUGGAAAUGAAGCGGCAAAUCGAUGUAAAUUUUCCCUUUUCUCGGACAGUCUCACAUUUGAGAAACAUUUUAUCAAACUAGCGGCUUAUAGAAGGAUAAUUGGUAUAAAUAAAAGUCUUUUUUAUAGGAACUUCAAUUGGAAGCGAAACUUUCUGGAGAAUUGAACGUCGAACUCGGCAGAGCGAUGCUCGAGAUGGAAAAGAAGAUAGAUCUGAUGAGACUGGAAAACGAUUCGCAAAAACGGGAAGAAGAGACGACGGUGAUGGAGCUCAGACUGCACGAGAUGAUGGUCCAGGAGCUGUCUGAAGAAAUCGAGAAUUUGAAGGCCUCUCUGGCUCAAAGUUCCGCUCCGAAUGCUUGUGAACGAUGUGAGACCUUCGGAGAAAUCAUCGAAAACCUGCGACAGGAGAAUAAAUCUCUGAAAGCGGAACUUGACCGGGUCCGUCAGCAGAUGGAGGGGCUUGGCGUGGAGCGAGUCUCCGAAAGAGAAGAGCUCGAUUCGAUGCACGACGUAGAGGUCCGAAGGCUGUGCACGGCGAUCGAAGACGCCAGGAGAGAGGUCUCCGACUUGGAGCAGAAGCUUCUCCUCAAUGAGGAGGCCUUGCAGAAGAGUCUGACCACCUCCAAACAGUAUUCUCACCAGGUGCGGCUUAUGAAAGUAUCUAUCUUUUUGGAAACUUUUCAACAUUUUUGCUCAAAUUUUAUGACGAAAGUAGCGUUUGUUCAAUGCUUUUCCAUUAACUUUCCACUAUAUAAAAAUAUUUCAGCUUGUUUAUUCUUUAAAGGUUAGCCAAAAAAAAAUUGAAUUCAUUUGUUUUCCAAUUUUUUUUUUAUCAAAAUGCAGUUUCACUUAUUUUUCGCCGGCAAAAUGAUGGAGGGUGAAUUGUUCAUGAUUUUUUUUCAGAGUACCACAACGGACGAGUCGUCGGUGGUUAGCAACGACAACGUCACUAGAGGAUUCUAUUCUGACGACGAGCCUACAACUUCUCAAGAUGAUCAGAAUCGUCUGAUUGAGGAAAACGCGAUUCUCAGAGAGUGUAUCGACGAGUCGAACAAGGCUCAAGGCGGCAUGUCACAGGUAGAAAUCAAAAGAAAAUAUUUCUUUUAAAGUAUACGUUUUACGUCUACGAAGAUAAUGUACGAAAUUUUAAGAUUAUUGUAGAACUCGAAAAAUUUGCAAUCAAAGGUUUAGUUGUUUAAAUAAUGGUUUCUUAUCAUAAAAAUGCUCGUUUUUUAUUUUUAUUUUUUGAGCUGUAUUUCCUCCUUUUUCAGGACAUUGCCAAACUUCUCGAACUGAAGGAAGAACUAGAAACAGCGGUAAAUGCCCUAAAAGCUGAAGUUUGGUCGCUCAAUGGACAACUCAAAUCGGUUAGACUUUAGAUUCCAAAUUUCAUAUCAACACUAUUCUUUGUUCAGCAUUUGAUCGAUAGAGAGAACUUGGAAGACCGGCUCUGCGACUUAGAAGAUCGUGUUGAAAAAGAGAAAAAGAGAGCCGAUGGACUGGAUGUCGAGCUGCAAGAACAGGCAACUGCCUACCCGUAGAGAAAACGAACUUUAUAAUUUUACAGGUCGAACUUACUGAAAAAGCACAGCAAAGGGCAGCCCAGGCAGAAAAUGAAUCGAAUAGAAGAUUGGCUGAAUGUUUGGAGAUGGAAAAUCGGCGGUUUUCCUUCUUCGAGAAUCUCCAUCAUCCAUAUUUUCAGAGAAGAGAUUGAAAAAGCGUACGCGAGCCUUUCUGAGUACUACAAUCAACUUCAGUCGGCCUACAACGUGAUUUACGCGAAAGUUCAUACUCAGCAACAGGAGGUCAGGCAAAAACCUGUCAGAGUUAACUGAAAGGAAAAUUGAAAAUAGCUGAAAAAAGUUAUUUGUUGCUAAUUCACUUCUAAAAUUUUGAUUUAGAAAUUUUUAAGUCUAUUAAAAACAGCUUCCUUCCAAUUUUUUUCUUUCCAGCAACUUCUUCAAUCGGCGCCACAACAGCUAACCUUGGACGAUUCUGAACUUGUUCCCAUCCUCCUCGAGUUGAUGACUGUUCUGGAAAUUGACUCCGACUCAGCCCAAGGCACAACUGAACGGCUUCAACUCGUUGUGCAAAAAGUCAAGAGUGUGCUCAAUGAAGUCGCGGAGUACCGCAGUGCUUUGGCCGAGCAGAAGAGAAUCAGCGAGGCGAUCCAGGACCGCUUGGAGACGUUGGAAGCUGAGGUGGAGCGAGGUGCGACGGCGUCGUCGAAGGAGCGGAUCCAAGAACUCGAGGGAGAGAUCGAAUGGAAGCAGGAGGAGUGCGUGUCUCUCAAGAGAAGGAUCAGCGAGAUGGAGAAGGCGCUCGACGUCCUGGCCGUCAAGGGAAAUGAAGAUGAAGGUUCGUACUUGGAAAAUGGGAUGGAAGGUGUUUGAGAAGAGUUUGGAGAUGAAAUAGAACAGAGGAUUCAAAAAAUUACGGUUGAGAAAAGGUGGAAAAGCUUUUUUGAAGAGGCUUAUGAGGUCUAACCAGAGAUCUAUUGUUUUGCAUAAGAACUAAAAUAUAUUUAAUUUAUCAUUAUAACUAGAAUAGGACUGCGACUAUCUAGUCAGUCAGCUCAGAAGAGAGCGUGAAAGAAAUUUUCAAAUAAUCGAACGCUCUAUCGUCGCUAUUCCAGCUUCUCUCAGAAAAAUUUAUUUAUUUAUGUUUUUUGACAAGCUUUUUCCUCUUCUCGUACAACUUCUAUAGAAAAAGCGGCUUUGAGGAGCUUGGAUGCUUUGAAAUAAUGCUUUCGCUUGUCCUUUUACACUAUCCUGAUGGUAGAUAGUCUUGGUGUGGCUUUUCCUGUGUUUCUGUGUGUGAAUUUAUCGGCAUCGGGAAAGCCGACUGCGUUCGCUAGCCGAUCUGGCGCGCAUUACAGCUGCAACCGCUAGUCGACUCGGAAUGGAACUCGCGAUUUUAGCUGCGAAGCUCGCCACCCGUCAGGCUGACGUCGAUUCCUUGUUCCGCACCAACGCCGAACUGGCCCAUACCAACGUGCGGCUGCAGAACGAAGUCGACGAGAAGGACGAGGUGAGACUGACCGCUGAACGACGGCAUCAAGAAGUACUGCGAGUCUAGUGGUUGAGAGGAAACUUGGGUUUCAGGAGCUCCUGGCUCUGCGGAAUGAGAUUGCUGAGCUCGAAGACAAAGUCCGCGAUCUUCAGGUCAAACUGACGGAGAGCCAUUCAACUGAUGUCAGCUCAGACGAACAAAAGGUUUUUUGAAGAAGGAUCUCAGAAACCUGAAUUUUACGAGUAGGACUUGAGAAAAUAUGCACAAAUUUGUUAAAGUUUUAGUGCUUUCUUUGUUCUUUUUGUACCGUUUUUUUUCGAUCUUAAGUUUUCGGUUUCCAGCGACUCCAAGAACUUCUCGACGAGCAAACCAAGGAGAUGUUGGAGAGACAGCGUCAAAAUUCUCUGGUGACCCAAAAAAUUUUUGUUUUAGUCGCAUGCAUUGUUUUCCAGGAAGUCAAAGAACUUCAAAAGAAGAUUGGAACAUUAGAAUCUCAGCUAGCCGAGAGUCAAGCCAAUUCAGCAAGUUUGGAUGAGCAACAGGUUGUAAAAAGCUAUUAACAGUAUUAAAUUGGCUUUUUUUUUUGUAGAGACUUCAAGGAAUUGUUGAAGAAUUGAAAAAAGAAAUGGCCGCGAAGGAAAAUCAAAAUUCUGCGGUAUCGAAGAAAGGAAAAGUGUUGAUGUUAUGAAGAUGAUUGUAGGAAAAAGACGAUUUGGAACAAAAAGUAGAAGAGCUGGAAGAACAAAUCCAUGAUCUUGUGAAGGAUCUUGCGGAUAGUCGCCGGGCUCCCACUGUUUCUCAAGAACAAGAAGUUAGUGAAAAAAAUAUUGAAAACUAAUUAGUUUUUCGAAUUUCUCAGCGACUCCAAACUCUUGUCGAGCAGCAAAAGAAGGAAAUGUUCGCUAGGGAAAGGAAGAGUGCUGUGGUAGGUCUUAAAAUUUUUUUGAUGUUUUAAAUUAUCUCAUCCGUCAGAAGAGUAUUCAAGUGUGUUUUACCAAUGUUUUACGGUAAUUUUAAUAUGUAAUUGAGAAGAAAGACGUUUUCACAAUGAAUCCACUUUCAGGAACUGGAAGAUCUCCAACAGAAGAUUGAAGAACUCGAGGAAUACAUCAGAGACUUGGAAGAAAAGUUGGCCGAAUCUCGUGAAUCUCAGCAGAAAGUCGUCCAUGAAGUUGUUUUCUUCAAUCGAUUGUAUUUUUAUUAUGAAACUCAGACGGCUCAAACUUCGGCGAAAACUGAAGAAGACGACAAUUGGGGAUGGGGCGAAGAUGAGGACAAUGUUGAACAAAAAGUCGAAGAGGACCCUAAGAAAGAAGAACUUGGUCCCUCACUCGAUGAUGAAGUUUGGCCUAAAAAUAAACAUUACAGUCAAAAGGAAAUUUGAGGUGGCUCGUCUGCAACAGAUUGAAAAGAGUUCUGAACCAAAGGAUCAUGAGCUUAGAAGAUCAGCUUCUGGAAGUCGAAGAGAAGUAUCAGGAUGCGGAAGAGUCGCUGAACGAGGAGAAGGAGAAGGUGAGUCCAUAAAAAGUAAUAAAGAUUGAGACACCAUUGAUAAAAGAAUUAUUCACAGCUAGAAAAGGCUUUUUCAGAAAAGAUGAUUUUUUUUUUAAAUUUUUUUCAGUGUGUGUGUGUGUUUUUUUUUCCCAAAUAUGAACAAUUAAUUGGGCAGUAUAAGUUUAGUGGGGAAUUUUUCGGCUGGAGCCAACUCUUUUUCAAGUUUUUGGAGCCUCUUUUAUAUUUUAUUGUUAACGAAAAAAUUCGUAUGUGUUAUUUGUGCUCCUAGAAGGAUACUAGUAGUUUAUUGAAUGAUGAGAAAAAAAAAGUUGAAAAAUAGACUGUGCGUUGCUAGAAAACGUCUCAAAAGACUCGAAAAAGUAAUUCUAUAACGAGUAUAGCUCGUUUCACCUGGAGACGCCAUCUUGUCAUUUUUUUUUUUCUUUUUCCGUACAGAACCUUUCCCUUUGAUGCGCGCGUCCUGUGUCUGUGAAUGCGUCUUUAGUUUGGCCUAAAAUUUCCCGUCUUCGGUAAGUUCAUUAGGUCAAAUAUAAGAGUGGUGCAGUCAAAAAACACACGCGUACCAGAAAACUGAUCGCCAACUGGACUUUCAUCAUUUAUUUGAAUAACUCAGUUGAUUUUCAGAACGCCGCGCUUCAAGAAGAAAAAGAGGGGCUGAGCCGAGACGCUUCUGGUCUCAGAGAAAAGUUUGAAAAAGUACAGAUCAGCUAUCAAUCACAAAUAUAAAAAAAAAUGUUAUUGAUUUUUCAGACUUCAGCGAAUCUAAAUAGAACGGAACAGCGAGCAGAAGAAACUGAAAGGCAUUUGAGGGAAGAGGUUUUUGUUAAAUUAUUGUUUUUGAGGAAUAAUCUAAUUUUCUAGAUCGAGACGGUUACUAAGAAACUCCAGGAACAAGAAAAACUAGAAGAGGUUUCACUUGUUCUUUUACAUAUCCAAAAUGAAAAAUAUAAUAUUGUAGAAUGUUGUUAAUGAACAACAGGCCGAUGCCUGGGACGAUUGGAACGAUCAAGAGGAUCAGAAGCCUUUGGUUUGAGGAUAAACUCGUAAUUCAAAAUAUUUUUCUUGUUUGAGAAACCCGAAGUCAAGGAAGAACCUGCGGACGAGGAUAACUGGGGCUGGGGCGAAGAUGAACCUGCCGAUCCUGUGGAAACGUCAAGUUUGAAUGUUUUUGGCCGUAUUUUAUUGAAGUUUUCAAGAAAAAAGUUCAGAAGGAUGAAGUGGCAGAGUUGAAUGAGCAACUGAGAGAACUGGCCGUAGCUCAGACAAAUCUUGAGGUUUUAAAAAAAAAGAAAGAAAAUUUUUACUUUUCAACUCUCCAGAAAGACCUUCAAGCAAGAGAAGCCUUGAUUUUGACGUUGGAAGAGCAACUCAAAGAGGCCAACGAGAAGUAUCAAACGGUUUGUUAGGUCAUUCCAUUUUCGAAAUACCAUAUCUGUUUAGCUGAACGACACUUUGAACGAGCUGGAGUUGAAGUUUGAACGCAAAGAGCAGGAGUUGGAGGAAUCGGAAAAAAAUGCCCAGAAAGUGAAAAACGAGCUGCUGAAGAUGAGGGAGCAGAGCGACCUUUUGAAAGACUCUGAGGCCCGGUUGUUAGAUCAAGCGGAUGAUUUUGCUACAAACAUGGAGAAGUAACCAAAGUUUUUCGAAGAAAUAUCCGAAAUAUUUCUUAAGAUAUUCAAAUGAAUGUCAGACGUUGCGAAAACAGUUGACAGAAGUAGAAUCGAGGCGAAAUGAGGUCGAUCCGGUGGCUCUGAAAGAGAAAGAAGACGAGGUUCAGCGAUUGAGGUGAUUAGAUCUGUACAAAAAAAAAAAAGAAAAAAUUUGCGCUCCACUGCAAAAUAUUUUUUUUUGGUUUGUGAAAGGAAGAGAAGCGCCUAUCAAUUGUAAUGACGGAUCUCUCAAAAAAGCCUCCUUCGAUAAAGUUUUAGAUUUCCGUGAAAUUGGUCUAAAGUUCAAAAAGCUAUAGUAAUGGUGGUAAGUUGUCAAUUAGAAUUUUCACCAUGUCAAAUUCCCAGUGGAGCGCAAAGCCCCUGCGAAUACUGGCGUUUUUGUCCUCAUCUCGGCUCAAACUUUUCAUAAUUUCAUCACAAUUUUUUGCAGACAUGAGCUCGAGGAAGUCGAAAAAGUUUUGAAGUGUCUUGAGCAGAAACAUGAGGCCGUGUUGCAACAAGAAGAGCAAAUGAAAAAAGAACUGAAAACCUUGAAGGAUCAGAACGACCUUCUGAAAGAUUCGGAAGCAAGGCUCAUCGACCAGGCCGAUGACUAUGCUACUCAUAUGGAGAAGUAACCAAGAUUUCUGAAAUUAUUUUCCAAUUGCUCCUUUAGAUACUCUAAUGAAUGCCAACGUCUGAAGAAACAACUGCAAGAACGUAUGGUUGAUCCGGAGGCUGUCUACGAGAAACAAGUCGAGGUUGAAAUCAAGAGGUACCUCUUGCAGAGUUGCCAAAGAAAUAGAAGCUUUUUUCCAGUCGCAAACUCGAGCAGAUGGAGCAGUUUUUGAAAGAUGCCGAACAGAAACAUGCGGCCGCCUUGAGACAGAAAGAAGCGAAUAUCAGCCAACUUCGACAAGACCAAGGCCUUUUGGAGAGGGAAAUCGAAGAUUUGAAGCUGAGGAUUGAAGUUGUUGAAAAAGUACGUAGAAACAUAUAAAUUGAUGGAAAAUAGUGAAUCUUUGGUUUGAAAUACAGAAAAAGUUUCAGGAGCGCGAUGCAUCCAAGAAGGCUCUAUCGGACCUGAAGUCGAAGAUCGCGGCCAGGUCUCCGGCGGGUUCUCGGCCUUCGACUCCAAGAACAAGACUGGCUCCUCCAGCACGACACCCUGACCCAGUCGCCGAAGUCGCAGAGCCGCCGGCCGAACCUGCCGAGUUCAGAUCUUCGGCCUUUUCGCCAGUCAUUCCACAGGUUUCUUUCUCUUCCCUUACUUGGUUUUGCUCUGGUGUAUGGCUUUGGGAACGGUAGAGAGUAAGGCGACUAGGCUUUCAUCUCAAAAAAGAUAACUUUCUGUCCGUUUUUCACCUUUGUCUCAGCUGGACCACACCAUGCACCUUAGCUCAACUUUCUCAAAACUUUUAGCCUAGGCUAGCCUUUACCGUUUUACAGAGCACCAUGGAGCCAUUAAGACGGAGAACGGCUGCGCAUAAAUAACUUAUCGAUUUUCCAUUUAAUUAUCUUUAUUUCUUCUCGGGUUGAUCCUGGUCUGGUCUGGUCGCCUUAAUUUGAACAUUAGCGGUGCUGCUGCUCUCCCAAAUGAAUUCAUCUGUCAUUCUUUAAACUGUUAUUCUCAUUAUGUACUUAUGUGAUCGCUUGUGAUGAUAAUAGGGUGUAGAUAAACUGUUUACAAUUGGUAAAAUAUGUGUUUGCUUGUGCUAGAAAAAAAAAUGUCAUUUGCUUUGAAAGUUCAGAUACUUUGGCGAAGAAAAUUGCAUGCUUUUUUUUUGCAGAAGCAAGAAAAGAAUUUUUUAGGACUUUUCUGGUUUCUUGGCCGAUACGGACCGGUACCUCGAGUCGCUAGACCGCAUUGACGACUUGGUGGUAGAAGUGAUCGGAGAAAAAGUCAUGGGUCGCAAGAAUAAGAAGAAGAAUGUUCGUUUUUGCUUGCUGUCUUCGUGGCAUUUGCAUGUUUCUUUUUUCAGACAGUGCCAUCGGAUGGAGCCGCAGUAACUCCUUCGACGUCGCAGGUCACUUCGGAAGGAUCUUCGAAUAAUGUUGUCUCAAAAAACGUUUCUGCUGUAGAGUCCAUGCCAUCGCAAGAAGGUCUGAAGUCUGAAAAAAGACGUCUCUGCUGGGUAACGGCAGAUCCGGAAAAGGAAGUUUCGCUUGAGCAAGAACUUCAAUUGCGAAACGACACGCUGUCUAUUAAAGUCGAGGAUUUGAUGAACGAAGUUGAAACUCUCAAAAUUGAAGUCGCAAAAGCUGCUAAAUCUUCCGAGCUGAUGGAAAUGGAGAAGAGAGAGUUGAUCGAUUCUAUCGAAGUCCUACGCAAAGAGAUUGGAGAAGAGAAGCUGACCAGCUACGAGAUCGACCGACAAAGGACUGAGAACGACGAGGUGCAGGACUUGAUGAAGAUGCAGUACGACGAGCUCUCCAAACUCUACGAACAGGCCGUCGCGUCUUUGAAGUCAAAGGAGGAGAAGUGCGACGCUAUCGAAGCUGCGCGACAGGCGCUCGUCGAAGAGAUAGCACAGCUUCGUCUGGGACUGGAAGCCGCGAAAGGCUGGUACGCCGAGAAAUAUUCCAUGAUGGACACGUUGGAGGAGCUCAGAAUUGAGAAAGAAGAGCUGCUCGAUCACAUGGAAGUCUUUGAUCAGAGGGUCUCAUCUGACAAGAAAAAGAAGCAACUGGAAAUUGACAAUCUUCGUGAGGAUCUACGCGUCUUGAAGAAGAACGGCGAGGACCUAGCGCUCAAGCUGACUGAGUCGAAUGAGAAGUACGAAUGUAUUGUCUCUAAACUUGACGCCGAGAAAAAAACUUCCCAACUUAUUAUGGAAAAAAACGCCGAGCUGGAGGUAAUGGUGCAGCGUCUGAAUUCGGACGUCUCUCGUCAAGAAACCGAUUUGGAGACAACCUUAAAGAGCCUGAGCGAGCAGAAAACGCAUCUUGAGGAUUACAAAGUGGAAUCGGAACGUCAAAUCACAGAUCUCGAACAACAGUUGCUAGCUGCAAAUCAGAAAACUGAAGAGUUCGUUUGUGAGCUUUUUCAUAGGAAGUUAUUCGUUUCAGAUUGAUUUCGGAGAAGUCGGAACAGACCGCAAUGAUUCUCGGCUAUCAGGAUUGUCUCAGAGACUGCAACGAUCAGAAGCUGCGGAUCCGCGAGUUGGAGCAGGCGAUCAUCGAGUCAGUUAACGGCGCUUUGAAAUUGAAAAAAGAUGGAUCUUUUUGAAAGGCUAUUUCGCAAGAAUGUGCUAGAAAAACUUUCAAACGUUCUUUUAACAAAAUUUGAAGUUCAGCUGAAUUUUUCCCAAUUUUCAAAUGAAAACAAUUUCUAGUUAGUUCAGAAUUAUCUCGAAAUUCUUCAAAAUGUAUGAGGCUUUCUUCAUUCAAAAAAUGGUUAUAAAUCGUGCUACUGAAUGAAGGCCAAUCAAUGCUGAAUUAGCUAAUCAAACAGAAUUAUCCAUAGUUCAAAGAAAAAAAUUUUUCAGGCAAGAGAAUCGCAAUUCUUAUCUCAAUGCCGAGUUGGAACGAAGCCAGACCAAAAUUAACGUUACCUCUGUUGGAUCAGCUGAUGACGUCAAGGUUCUCGAGAAAGAAUUUCGAUCUUAUUCAGAGAAAUUUAGAUCGAAGAAGAGGUAGUUGAUCAUCUGAAACAGGACAACGUUCGGCUGGAGCGAGAGCUUUUCAGUGCUCACGAAUCUUUGGACAACCUUCAAGUCUGUCGUUAUCAACUGAAAAUGCGUGCAAAUUCUUUUUUUCAGGCGGAAACUUCCGAGUUGCGUCGAGCAGUCGAAAUCAUGAACAUAGCGUCAAUGGAAGCCAGCAACGAGGCCAACAAGUAUGAGGUUUUCCAGAGUAACCUUUCAAGAGUCUCUCCCAGAUUGCGACUUGCUCUGGAAAAGGCGAUGUUCGAGAAAGAACAGGCUCUGAUGGCCAACGACGGCCGCGACGCGACCAACCGAGUUCUGGAGCUGGAGCGCGAGUUGGCUGACGUCAGGGCGGAGUGCAGCGAGAAGAUGAGCGAGAUGAUGGAAGAGCUGCAGACCUGCGAGGAACGUCUUCGUCUGGCCGUCGACUGCGAGAGAUCCGCCAACGAAGCCAAGGAGGAGAUGGAAGCUACGGUUUUCAGAGUUGAUUUGGAUCUAUGAAAGAAAAAUGUUGCAGGCGCUCAACUGGUGCAAUCGAUUCGAGGAGGCGGCGGCUGCGAACGAAGCUCUUGGAAGAGAGAUCGACGAGGUUCAUCAUUUGGAAGCCGCUCUGAGGGGCGUCCGUGAGGAGAACGCCGCCAUGGCAGUGCUGGUAGAUGAUCUGAAGACGGAGAACGGUCGACUCGUGGAGGAAGGACAAGUGUUGAGGCAGCAGGUCUCAAGAGGUCGAAGCUGUUAUGGGAUAUCGGGAAUUCCAGAUCUCGCAAAUGAACGACGUUUUGAAGACGAGGACUGAACGACUUCUGCAAGCUGGCGAGGCCAAGAUGGACCACACCAAGAAGUUUGUCAAAACUACAUCUUCUUCGGCAAAAACAAAUCCCUGUUGAAAUAUAUUCUCUUAUUGCUGCUCUUUCUCUUGAAAAGAUGAUGACGUCCUAAGAAAUUUGAGAAUUUCUUUUAUUGCAUAAAUCUGCAGGCAGUUUUCUCAUAAGACUGAAAAUGUCUUCAUUUUAUAAAUUACUGUUUCAGAAUUGUGGAACUCGAAUCAAAACUGGCUAAUGCGUUGCAAGCACAAACAGCGGAAGAAAAAGUCGAGGAGAGUCCAAAAACCCCGGAAACUCUCGGUAUCAACGUUCCGGAGGUUUUCAAACAAAAAGUCAAAAGUUGUAUUUUGAAGUUUUCAGAAGAAGAAGUCUUGUGAAAUCGUUAUCGAGCCUGAGGAAGACGUUGGCGGCUGGGGUGUGGAUGACGUCGACAGUGAUGAAUUCCUUAAUGUUUGUCUUGAAACAAAAAAACGGCAAAAUGACAAAAUGAUAAUCAUAUCCAGCGGAGGCAAAGAUAGAACGAAGCACCGGAGAGAGAUCUCUCUCUUUUUUUUUCUCACGGUCUCCUCACCAGAGUUUUUCCCCGCGAAAUCGAACUCACUGAACACAUUUUAAUUUUAUAUAUAACACAAAAAUUACUCAUGUUUCAUUGAAUUUUCUUUCCAGAGCUCAUCGAGCGGCCUCAUCGCUGCAACGAGUCCUUUGCCGUCGUUUUUGAGCCGUUUCUCCAGAAGAUUCCGUCUUUGGCAGCACCACCGCAACAUUGCCGUCUUCCCUUACUUCCGCUAUGCUGCCGCCGGAUAUUUCAUUUUCGUCCAUUUCCUUCUCCUUCACUGCUUUUUAUUCUAA